AUGGCCGCCCCGAACACCUCAUAUCUUUAUGAGGCCGCCAUCCACACGAUCAAAAGGAUGCGGUCCUUCACCGCAUCCGAGGACUUUAAAGCAAUAGAGGCCGAGGAAGUGGAAGUCCGGCUGCAAACCUUGAUGCAGGCAUGGGCGCAGGUAAAGGAUUGUGAAGCAAAGCUGGCUGCCACAGGCGAUUUGCUCACAAACGCCGAGGUGGAAAGAAACAUGGUGGCAGCGGAACAGAGCUACUUCCCGGCAUAUGCUGCCCUGGAGAAACGUGAGAAAGAACUGGCCCCGCGGCCAGAUACGAGAGAGACACCUGCCAUCGCCGUACAGGUGAAUUUGCCGUUUGCUGAGCACGACGUCAAAAACACCUGGGGUACUUUCGAUGGCUCGUUCACGAAGUGGCAGAGCUUCAAAGAUAGAUUCACGGCGGCUGUACAUGCCAACGAGAAGAUAGCGCCGGCGUAUAAGUUCGCCUACUUGAAGUCGUCGUUGUCCGGUAGAGCCGCUCGUACACUGGGUGAGUGGCAGCAGACGGACCAGAAUUACGGCAGGGCAUGGGCUCGGCUGAAUCAGGUCUACAAUACGCUACGUGCCGAGAACUCCUUCGCUCGUUUUUCAGGCUUCCAGUUUUAA